AUGGCAUUUACAAAGGAAAAAGUCGAAUUCAAGACGCAAGAUGGAACGGUCUUACGCGGAAAUUUGACGUCUCCUGGCGUACCGAACGCACCCGCUAUUACUAUUAUGAUUGCAGGGCUUACCUUCCUUAAAGAGCACGGCGGAGCUGAAACUGCAGUAGUAUUCAACAAAGCUGGAUAUGCUACACUGUUAUAUGAUCACCGGCACUGGGGAUCUAGCGACGGGCUGCCACGGCAACAUGUCAACCUCUUCCAGCAGGCUGAGGACUUGUCGGAUGCAAUCACCUACAUAGAUGGCGACCGCAUUGCCAUUUGGGGUAUCGGCCAUGGUGCAGGAGUCGUCGCCGAUAUGCUUCGAUUCCCUCCUGGCGCCUAUCAAGAAGCAUGGGAGGAGCGAGCCUGGCGCAUUGCAAACCCCAACCUUGAGCCAAAAUACGUUCCGAUCUUUGCGGAAUCAAUGGAGAUGGCGGAAAGGAGCCCACAAGCCAGCAUCAUUGGAAGCCCUCAAGGAUUUUUGUUGAGAUCAAUUUUCAAGCCGCUUUCAGAUGCCGCGGGGACGCCGUGGGAGAACAAGCUUACUCUAGAGAGUCUAUACUGGCAGAGCAAAUUCGAGCCGACUACAUCGAUACAUUUAAUCUUACCCCGCCCUGUGUACUGGGUCGCGACUGAUGCUCCACUGCUACCGAACUAUCAGGCUUAA